GUUGUCGUUACCGAGUUUACCCUUAUCUAUUUAUAGUUUCCAAACGCACGCAUCAGGUUAGGCGCGGCGGGAUCAGAAGGAGUUUGCAAAAUGAAGUUUAACAUAGCAAAUCCCACCACUGGAUGUCAGAAGAAGCUGGAAAUCGAUGACGACCAGAAGCUUCGUGCAUUUUGGGAUAAGAGGAUCUCUCAAGAGGUCCUUGGUGAUGCCCUGGGCGAGGAAUUUAAAGGCUAUGUUUUUAAAAUCACUGGAGGAUGUGACAAACAAGGCUUCCCAAUGAAGCAGGGAGUGCUGACCCCUGGUCGUGUCAGACUCUUGCUUCAUAGAGGAACCCCAUGUUUCCGUGGAUAUGGGAGGCGCAAUGGAGAGCGUAGAAGGAAGUCUGUUCGUGGAUGCAUUGUUAGCCCUGACCUAUCUGUUUUGAAUUUAGUUAUUGUGAAGAAGGGCGAUAGUGAUUUGCCAGGUCUCACCGAUGUUGAAAAGCCAAGGAUGAGGGGUCCAAAGAGAGCAUCCAAAAUCCGAAAGCUGUUCAACCUGUCAAAGGAUGAUGAUGUGAGAAAGUAUGUAAACACAUACCGUCGGACCUUUACAACAAAAGCUGGGAAAAAAGUGAGCAAAGCUCCAAAGAUUCAACGAUUGGUGACUCCUUUGACUCUCCAAAGGAAGCGAGCAAGGAUUGCUGACAAGAAGAAAAGAAUUGCUAAGGCAAAGUCAGAAGCAGCAGAGUAUCAGAAACUCCUUGCUUCUAGAUUGAAGGAGCAGAGGGAUCGCCGGAGUGAAAGCUUGGCUAAGCGUAGAUCCAAACUUUCUAGUGCUUCCAAACCCACUGUUACUGCAUAGGCUGCGUGAGAUCUGGUGAGGUUUAAACUUCACUUUAGUUUUUGGGAGACUCGGUUGCGGGUGUUUAUGAUAAACAUUUAUUGCUUUUCAAUUUAAAUACAUUCAGUUCAUUUGAGUAAUUUUCAACGAUUUUUAUCAAUCGAAUGUAAUGAUUUUUGCCUAGUUGGAACUUUUAUAUAUUAUAUGCUCCCAAUGGAAUCUUGUGAACUAGGCCAA